AGUUUUUCGAAUAACGAUAAAAGUACAGACCUAGAUAUGGAAAUGACAAAAAAGUACGUGGUGAAUGAAGAGGAGGAUGGAGAAUAUGAAGAGGAUGAUGCUGCUCCUAGCUGGAGCCAACAUAUUCCUGAUGAUUUUUACUACGAUCCUGAGACCAUAGUUGCCAAACCUCAUACAUCAUUUGAGGGUGGAUUGCCUGAGGACUUACUAAAGCUCUAUCAUUCAUUCGGUUGUGACACCCUUCGACGAGACAACCUCAAAAUUCUUGGUGUCGAUAGUGUAGGUUUUGUGGUAGGAAACUACUUCGAGAUCCAUAACCUUGCCAGCGGAGAAUGCAAAUACCUCCGCUCCACCGGAGGCCUGGGCAUAGGCGCUGUGGAUAUCCACCCUGAAGGCACACAUAUUGCUAUAGCAGAGAAGGGAGUGAACCCCAAUGUUUGCAUCUAUGAAUAUCCCAGUCUCAAGCUGUUCCGCAUUCUUCGGGAAGGCACCCAAGUUGCCUAUCCUUCAUGCCAAUUCACUCCUGACGGUUCAUUAAUAGCAACAGUGGGAGAUGAGCCUGAUUACCUUUUGACUAUUUGGGAAUGGCGCGAGGAGCGAAUCGUUCUACGUACCAAGGCCUUCUCACAGGAAAUCUUCCGAGUGCGAUGGUCAGAUGACUUGCGCGGUGUACUGGUAACAGCAGGGUCGGGGCAUAUCCGGUUUUGGAAGAUGGCAAAGACCUUCACGGGGCUCAAGCUACAGGGGGAUAUAGGAAAGUUUGGCAAGGUGGAAAUGUCUGACAUCGAGGGUUUCGUCAUCUUGCCCGACGGAAAGGUGCUUUCGGGCUGUGAAUGGGGCAAUCUUCUGCUGUGGGAGGGCGAUCUGAUCAAGGUGCAAAUAUGCCGCAAAGACGGAUCACCUUGUCAUGAUGGGCUCAUCAUGCAUAUCUUCAUCUAUGAAGGUGAACUAUUUACUGUUGGGACCGAUGGCUAUGUUCGUACCUGGGAAUUCGAGGCAAUCGACCAGGCUGAGGCACAAGAAGAAGGCACUUUUUUGGAAUUGGAACCUAUGAAUGAGUUGCGUGUUUCACCUCACGCGAAACUCACAUCUUUGCAGAAAGUAGAAAACGAAGGGAAAGUAAAUUGGUACUGCAUGGACGCCAACGACGGAAUAUGGAAGUUGGACUUGAGUUUUUCGCAUGUAUCAGCUUCACCGCAGUUGCUUUUGUCCUACCAUGCAGGGCCGAUUGUGGGCUGCGCAGUCUCGUCAAAUUCCUACCUAGCUGCUACACUUGGUUUCGAUGGGAGUGUUCGGAUUUUCGAUGUUUCUACGAAGGCAUUAUUGGGUUCUAAGCGUUUCAAUGCCCGUGGACACUGCUUGAUUUGGUCGCCUACUCAUAUUGACCCCAAGGGAAAGACAAUAGUGGCUGGUUUCGCUGAUGGAGUGGUCCGUGUUAUGCAAAUCACUUCUGGUGAUGGUGUUUCCUUCGAAAAUCCACCUUCACAAAUGGUCAACAUCGAACUCAUACAGGUGCUCAAACCACACACGGACGUCGUGAUGUCCAUGGACUACGACUCAAAAGGCGUGUUCUUUGCUACAGCAAGUGCUGAUAGGACCAUUUUCAUAUUCCACGUCAGUGGUCUUCGUAUCGUAGCAAGCGGGUUCGUUCGAAUUCCAACGAAGGCAAUGAAAAUUGAAUGGCGUUAUGCAGGUUCGAUGGACACAAAACCAACUCUCUUGCUCUUCUUAGACAAUAGUUGCGUGAUUGAGGUGUUCGUGCCCUUCCGAAAAGCACCAGAAAAAGGGACAUUUGAGAUAACCGACGCGAUACCAAUCCGAGGUUUUCGAAUGGAAAGUGUUGCUGGUGGUUUGCGCGUGGUAGAAGAGAGCUUUUCCCUUCGAGCUGCUUAUGAGGAGGCCAAGAAAAAGCGGCAGGAUAAUACACAAAGGCUUCUUAAUGAAGGUCUCAUUAAUGAGGAGGACUUAAUGAAAGCUAUGGAGGAUGAAAAACGUCUGCAUGCCAAACUUGAAGAAGAGCUAUCUCAGUUAAAAGUGCUUGCACCGGAAAAGCCUUCCCCAAUCAUUGGGGGGAUGGUUUGUCGCGAAGAUCCGAACCACGUUUGGAUUAAUAUGGGUGACUUUGACGCCGGCUACAUGUACAAGUGUAACCUAAUGGACCUAUUGGAAGCCUCUCCAAAUGCAGGGCAAAAUCGAGAUUCUGAAAAUAGGGAAUUAACAGAACUGGAGAUGGUGCUUCCGCGCGUGCGAUCAGUGAAACCAUUGCAAUCCUCAAAAAUCAUUGCUUGCAACAAUUCACCACUUCUCACAUGGAAGUUCUGCCUCAGCGGAAGUCGGGUGGUUAUGGGCUUUCAGAAUGGGUUGCUACGUGUUCAGUUGUUGGAGGAGGCAUUCGAUUUUAGUCGGAUGGGCGCCUUCUGGACGUGCGCUUUUUCGGACAACGAUAGAGGAGCUGUGAAUGGGGUCCAACUCACCUUUGACGAUCGACACAUUCAUUCCUCUUCAGGAGAGGAGAGAGAGGUAUUCACUAUUUCAGGUGGUUUUCCUUAUUCUCCAUCACCACCAAUUCAUCUCCUUAUUUGUUUAAUCAAGUGUGAUUUACCGUCAUCCAACCACAGGUUUCUUCUAACAGUUGGGGAGGAUGGAACCUUCUUUGUAUUGGAACUAAUGUCCGAAUCACUGCUGCCACAGGAGGCUAACAAGCCGUUAGUCAAACUUCCCUCUGCUAGUCACGAGCCUGCAGAAGAAGACAUUCAGAAUGCAAAUGAGUUCAGCAUUGAGCAAGCGCGCAGGAAGAUGGAGUGGGAUAAGCUUGUUGAGGCUGGAGAAGAAAAGAAACGAGAAACCAGAAAACAACUUGCGGAGUUACGUCUGCGUUUCAAGCAGCUGAAAGAGCAGAACGACCGACUGCCUUCUCAUAUGCGCGUAAACAGUCGGGAAUAUGAAAUGCUGGAACGAUUGAGAGAACAGCUCAUGAGUCAACGACAGCAGCAAACGGCAACACUACACAAGGAACUGGAGUUCCAAAGUCGAAAGGGAUCAAUUGCGCUUCAAAAAUUGCUUGAUAGAUUCAGAAAGGAUCUAGCCUGUGAGUACAUUGUGCUCAAGGCCUUUGGAACUAACGACUGGGUCAGUUCAAUUAGGAAGGCCAAACUACCUCCUCUUCACUUUGAACUGCUGCAGCAACUACAGGAGGAGUUGCGACAGGAUCGAGAAGCAGAAAUGGAGGGCAGGCGAAAAACUAUGACUCAAGAAAAGUCACAGUCCAGAGUGACCGAGGUCUUCUCAACAAAUAGCUUGGAUUUGAUCAAACGGUCGAGAGUCAAAGGAGCAAGGGGACUUCGCUACAUGCGCCAACUGGAGACCUUAGAGGUGGCUAGACUGAAACGUGAGAAACGUCGACAGCAGCAGUGGGAGGAAUUGUACGCGAAAAAACCCACGAACAAGUGGGAAGACCCUCUCGAUGUAGCAGCGAUAGAGUACGUUAAAAACAACAUGGGUGACUUCAAACUAAAGUCCUCGCCCAGUUACUCCGUUCCAGAACAUUUGAAGCCCACAGCCACUAAAGCGCGCCUUGCUCUACUCGAAGCUAUCACUCAGAUUUCUCAAAGGCAAGACGAUUUCAACCAGCGCCUUUUGAAGUUGCGUAACAAAAAGGCGACUAUUAUCAAAGAACUAAAGAAUAUUGAUGAAACUCUUAAACAACUAUCCGAGGACUUACCUCCAACCAGUAUAGCCGUUCGUCUAAAAAUAGAUAAUCUUGAUGACGAUGAGUUUCCUGAAAGGGCGUUCGAUGCCACGGAUUUGGCUCUGGAAAAUUACAAAAAAAUAGCCAAUAAUGUGACCCCUUCAGAGGAUGGGAAACUUUCCCUGCUAAAAAAGACCUUGUCAAAUCCGGAUGAGCCACAAUCAGAAUGCAUUCCAGACUCUUCGGGACUGAAUGUAGUAAUGCAUGAUGAUCGCCGGGUUCUAUUUGUCUCAACAGCACGACUAGUUGAGCCCAAAAGCUUCUAUACCCUUAAUAUCCCCUUCCCGCACCGCCCAGAAAUAGUCGGCUUGUCCUUAUACUCCAUGUAUCCAGAAGAACAGCUGCUCCAAUCUUCAGCACAUGUUCUGCUGACCAGGCAACCCCUUCAACCGGAUAGCAUGGUUGAUACUAUUGAUGAGGAGGGCUCGGUGAAAAGAGGUGCAAAAAGUCUGCUUGAAGAUGCCACAAUGCGCAAAGAUGCGGAACAUCCAACCCUUUUUGCGAGCUCAGAUUCACAGGAUUCUGACGAUAAUCUGCCUUUUGAAACUGACCGCCAGAACUUGCACCAUGAAAGAGCCCUUUACAAGCAGCAGUAUUUGGUUACUGAGGCGGGAGCUAUGGUCCGGUGCUUUAAUAUGGAACUACGUACAUUGAGUCAUCAGAAAGUGAACCUCGACUUGCUCAUGAGGCGUGCCAAUCUUAAUUUGCUCAUCCUAUAUGAAGAGUACAAACUACUAACUGAGUUUGAAAAGGCUGAACAAGGUUUGGCGGCGAAUCAUGAGGCCAAAAGCCAGGAGAAGAAUGAGAUUGAUCAAAAGGUCAAUGAGACGGAGGUGGAGAUUGAGGAAACCUUGGCGAACAUUGAACGCCUUGUAACGAAGGAAAACGGCGUUUAUGACGAAUUUAAGGAAUUCCUCGGCGAUAAUCACAAAUGGGGCGAUUUCCUCCACAAGGUUUAUCGAAAGAGAGUCAAAAGGAAGGCAAAAGGUGCAGCCGCUGCCGAAGGCGAAUCAAGCAGUUCAUCAUCGUCGUCAUCGUCAGAAGAUUCAGAAUGGAACGAGUCGGAUGAGGCGGAGGAGAAUGAGAAUGAUGAUGACGAGGAAGGCAACAUGCUCGACCUUGACAUUUGCCCACCAGGCUGUGCGCAGGCGGAUUUCGAUCAAACCAUCGCCUUUCGCGACCAACGUCUCGAUGUGGAGGACGAAAUUGCAGAUCAAAAACGUCUGCUCGACUCUCAGAGAAAGGAGGCCGAGGCCCUCGCCAAACGAUCACGUUCAGCUCAGCAAAGUCUGCAACAGGCUACUACGGAGUUGCAGGCCUUCCAGGCACGUCAAUUCGCCAAUAUUUCAAUCGUCACAACUAGGUUUGUAAACAAGAUUUUUGAGGAAUCCAGUUCUUUAAAUGGCUGGCUAGGGCUGAAAUCAAGAUUGGAGAAACAGAGGAAGUUGAACGUCCUUGAACGACUGGUCAGUCUGCGAUUAGACCAGAUCGUCUUCUUUCAGGACAAGUCGCUACCGCAAGACUUUGCACCGAUCCUUGUAUUUAGGCACGACAACGUGACUCGCCUGCGGCGACGCAUUCAGGCGCUGGAGGAUGAGAAACGAGUUCAACGGAGGGAGAAGAAGCAAGCUAAGGAGAAGCAUAUCAUGCUCCAACAUCACAAAAAAGUCUUCCUGGAAGAGUUGAGGAAGAUGGCAGUGAAGUGUGAUCUAAUGAUGGUUGACAAGUUCGGACGUCUAGACGACCUAGAAAAGUUGGAGACGAUUCAUCCCAAGGUUGAGGAGAUCGCACUCCGCAUGCUGGCGCUGCAGGCACGAAUCCAGCGGGAAGAGGAUGAGGCAGAGGAGCGCCUUCGAGAUGCCCGGGAUAUUUACGCAGCCCACCUGCGUGAGAACACCCGUUUAGUGGUGAAAACCCUCAUGCUGUUUAAUGAGAUGCAAACCCUUUCUGCCUCCAUGGAAGGCCACAUGCGCAAUCCAAAUAGGGAACUUUGUGAAGGAAUUAUUAAGGACAGGAUCGAAACAGCGGAUCGCCUAAAAAUUCUCCAGUCCCAGGCUGAGGAAAUCAACAAACUGACGGCAGAAAUUCGAUGCUUAUCAACGAAAGCACCCAAAGUACUCCCAACCGUUCAGUCACCUUCAGCCAUGAAACCAAGCACCAACACCGAGCUUAAUUCAGCGAAUGAACGGUGA